UAAUAUAAGUUUUUAGAUAAGAAUUAUGAUCAUUACUGAUAACGUGAGUGUUUAAUGUGUGUUAUCAAGUUGGUAUAUAUUAACCGUGAAAAAAAUUAUAGAGAGCACUCGCUGUUAAAAUGUCUUACGAUAAAUUACUGUUAGUGUUCCUCAUCACCCUCGUCCAUUAUUCAUCAUGUGUACCCAUAAACAACGACGAGUUGGAUGACGACGUUUUGAAUUGUGUUGACUCGCGGGCCUCAAAUAUUCAGGAGCAGGGCUACAAGACAGAGGACCAGGACAAGCUGGCUGAUUUUUUGCUGUCGACCUACUGCUAUAGAUUCAAAAAGGGCGACUGGACAGUGGACCCACAAGCAGUGACUUACAUAUUUAACAUCUACAAGCCGAAGUUGACGAGAGACUACAACUGCACGAACUUCAAUGACUGCGAGAUUCCUAUUUUUCCGGCAGACAACUUGAAAACGAACGACGAUAAGCUCAAAAAGUUCAUUAGAGUCGUUCUGGGAAUACCUUAUCAAUAGAUAAUAUUUUAUAUUUUUUAUGGACUAGAUCGUAUUUUUUUUAUAAAUAGUGUUUUAAAUUAUUGUAAUUAUAAAUCGAUUUUAAUAAAAUUCUUUUAAAAA